AUGGACCUCAGCAGUCUCCUCGUGCAGCUACGCACGGAUUAUAGGGAUAUAGCGGCGCCGGUGCCUGAUUUAUACGAGCAUGAACCGUCGGCUGCUGAGGCAGCCAGAAUGAUAGCCAAAGCUCACCCAGCGGUCAUUGCAGGCUCGUUCUCGCCGUGCAAAGACGGACCUGAAUCCAGGGACUGGGGAGAGCCUCAAACUCACAAAUCCAUUUUUCAUGAAGAUGGAAACGAGGCGUCUAGGACUUGCUCGAUCGCGGUGACCGACGAUGGUCUAGCAGAUUCGGUUCGCCGGCCGGCUGAAGGCAGAUCGACAUUUGUGAAACCUUUGGAAGCGCGCAUGACCAUGGUAGAUUUCUUGAGUCAGAUAGAAGAAGAGGCGUCUGGCGAUGUCCUAUACCUCCAAUCGCAGGACGGUAAUAUCUACCGGUCGACCGAUGGACCAUCGCAGUCUAAGCCUGAGCUGGCUCCAUAUCAAAGGUAUAUACAGUCGAACAUCCCCUGGAUGGACGAAGCGAUUGGUCAUCCUGCCGAGGCUGUGAACUUGUGGAUCGGCACCUCACGAAGUACGACUUCUUUCCACCAUGAUCCAUACGAGAACAUCUAUCACAUCCUUAGUGGUUCUAAGACCUUUACCCUAAUAUCUCCCAUCGAGGGUCUGUGGCUCAGACAAACGUUCCAUCCAUCCUCAACGCUGAAUCGGGACUCGUCAGGUCGACUAACACCUCGGCUCGACGAGCCGCCCAGCUCCGUACCAUGGGUGGAAUCUCUAGAGGUCCCGAAGGGCGUGCAAUCCAUCCGUAUAAAUCUGCAAAAGGGCGAUACUCUGUACUUGCCUGCGGAAUGGUGGCAUCGGGUGGAUCAGGAGGAGGGUCCAGGAGGAAUUGCAGUUGCCGUCAAUUACUGGUACCCAGCUGCCGUACACUCCGAGCGGUUCGCCUACGAGCGGCUCGCACGGCGUUUGGCAUUCGAGAGCGGUAUGCCCGUGAUUCCGCCGGCAGAUCUGGAUGACGAAUCUAGCGUGUCAGACAUAUCUUGA